UAUCAUUGUGUUCCCAUGACAGCGGCUCAGAUAAAGACCAUGGUGAACCAGCUGGGGACCAGACAGGACACCAGUGAGCUGCAGGAUCGGCUCUGGGUUCUUACUCUCUGUGUGCCUCGGCUCCGCUGUGUCCAGAGACAACAAAAAAUCCAGAGGGACCGGCUGAUGAAUGAUUUCUCAGCUGCUCUCAAUAACUUCCAAGCAGUCCAGAGGCGCGCGGCUGAGAAGGAGAAGGAGUCGGUGGCCCGAGCGAGAGCCGGGUCUCGCCUGUCGGCUGACGACAGCUCUCGGGAUGAAAAGCUUGUGUCCUUUGAUAACCAAGAUGAGUGGGGUCAGAUGACCACCCAGACGGAGGAAGUGGUCAUCACGGAGGAGGACCUGGAGCUCAUCAAGGAGAGGGAAACCAACAUCAGACAGCUGGAGUCUGAUAUCAUGGACGUCAACCAGAUCUUCAAGGACCUGGCUGUGAUGAUUCAUGACCAGGGAGAGAUGAUUGAUAGCAUCGAGGCCAACGUGGAGAAUGCUGAAGUUCACGUAGAACGAGGAACCGAGCAGCUGCAGAGAGCUGCUUACUAUCAGCAAAAGUCCCGGAAGAAGAUCUGCAUCCUGGUUAUGGUCUGCGCUGUCGUGCUCGUCAUACUCUCCGUCAUCAUCUGGUGGGCGGCCAAAUGAGCCGAUGUCAAGCAGCCAAUGUAAUCGUUUCAGUCCCCUCCCACCUGCUUGGAAUCAAAAGAAGAGUAAGAAACGGCUCAUCCCUGCACCAAGAUCAGUGGAGCACGUCUACAAAGGGCUUGUCAAUGUGGAAAUCGUAGUUAUCUGAAAUAAUCGAGCCUUUGUGUUCCUUUAGAAACUGUAAGAGGUGAUGUAGGGGACGAGGACUGGGUUGGUGCAGGGGAGCGAUUCAAGACUUGAGAUUCCUAAAUUAGCGUCACUGAUACAUUUCUUCUUAUUAACUGCACUAACACUAGCUCUCACUGUUAUGUAAAAAAAUAUUGUUGGAAAUUAUUUUAAAGACAUGCACACAAGCUCGUCUGGGUAACUGAAGAUAUUUAGGGUUUUUGUUGUUGUCCAUAAACAUGUUGUGGCCCUUUCUGAUGUCUAGUGUGUGGAGAACUGUAUCCUGCUGUGGUUCCUUGUCUUCACAGGCACAACAUGCUGGUAAUGCCAGCGAUGGUUAAAUCGUACAUGUUGUAAAAGCAAAGUUGAAAAUAUUAGAAGUCGAAUUCAACUCUGCGUUAGUUCAAACAUCAAGAAUCGUAAAUAAUCGCUCCUUCAGAUCAAGUGUUUUAAGUUGAUUUCUAUGAACCCUGACAGUAUGAUAAUAAAUGUCUUAAACAUUU